AGACUGUAAAGGGCUAUAGAAGCUGAGAUUAAACUAUAGGAACCCAAGUUGAGCAAAAAAUUCCUUUCCUACAUUGUCUGUGGCCCAGAGCAUAAUUCAAAAAAGGGCCCCAUUUUGUUCAUUUAUAUGCAUGCUUUGUUUCCAUGCCCAUUAACUUGCUCUAGGAGCAUCAGUUAGUUCCAGGAAAAAACAUGUUCCAUAUCAAAUGACAGUUUUUUUGUCAUUUGAUAGAACAGAAAGAUAGAAGGAAUAUUCACCUGAUUAUUAAAAUGAGGAAAAAAAUAAUGAAUUUGCAUAAACUGGAACACCUAUUCAGCCCAGCAGCACUACAUGAAAAUAAUUUCCUUGUGCUCUUCAGACACAAACUUGCUUGGAGCAGUCAUGGACCAAAAUACAUCCUUUAAUGGAAACCAAUCUUCAUGUGUGUACAAUGACACGGUGGAUGCCUACAUGUACCCAGCAGCCUACUCUCUCUUUUUCAUCUUUGGACUACCAGCUAACUGUUUGUCAUUGUAUAUAGCAUGCGUGCUUAUGCGUAGAGGAAACAGCCUGUCAGUCUACUUGGUCAAUCUGUCCAUUUCUGACUUGUUAUAUAUUAUCAGCCUGCCUGUAUGGAUCAUGCUGGCUAAGCGGCAGACAGUCAACGAUACUCUCUGCAGCCUUAUCGCAGUGAUCAUGUACAACAGUUUUUAUGUGGGUUCAGGACUGCUCUGCUGUAUCUCUAUGGACCGCUACCUUGCUGUGGUCUUUCCUCUGUACUUUGCCAGAGCACACAAGAUGAAAACAGCAGCCUUGGUGAGCAUGCUAGUGUGGCUCACAGAGAUCACUCUGCACAUCGGCCUCCUGGCAUACACAAAAAAUCUGCAACAGUUCUCUUCCAAGCGACUAUGUGAGGUGACGAUACCUUUGGACUCACAGACAGCCCACAUGGCUAUAAUACGGGUUGUACUCUCAUUUCUUAUUCCUUUGUUUCUGAUGGCGUUUUGUUUUCACCAGAUAAUAAUGUGUGUCGGGAAAAGUGUAUCCAUCGUGGCCAGCGAGCGUGAAAAGCUCCGCAAUCUGUUGUUGCUUCUGUUGCUUGUAUACAUUGUUUCGUUCACCCCAUACCAAGCUGUAAUGUUUGUCAGGGGGUUGUUGGAAACUGAUAACUGCACUAUUUUCAAACAACUAAGAAACAGCUACAUGGUGUUUGUUGCAACUACAACAAUUAAUAGUGUGUUAGAUCCAAUAGUGUAUUGCUUGAUGACUGAAAGUGCCAAGACUGAGAUCUUAAAGAUUUAUACGAAUUGUCAGUAUCGAUUAAAUAAGGCUGUUUCUCUACUGAGAUUAUCUUUCUCCUCUAAUGAAUCAUAAUAAUGCAAUACUUUUAUAACUUUAUUGUCCCUUUUAAGCAGACAUUAUUUCUUGAGUUACAACACUAAAUCUAUGACCUUCUGAUCUGAUUAAAUUAAAGCAACAUACUGUAACAUUUUUACUGUACUGUACAAUAAUGAAUAUUUCAGAUAUAUGAUUGUUGGUACUGACAUAUAUCUCAUUUUGAACAUGGAUCUAAUAAAACUAACUGCCAAACCACAGUAAACUAUCAAUCCUAGGUAAAGGAAAAAAAUCAAUCCUAAAAACAAACAAUAUAGAAUUCAUGUUGACUGCUUUAAAGCCAUUGCAAUAUGUUCGAUGUGGACUACAAUAUGAAAUGUGGAAUAAACAAAGUUCCACUGAAUCUGCUUUAUUGAAUAAAACAAAUAAAUGUGUAGCUUGCACAUGUAUAGCACAAACUUACAUGCUCUAAGCAAGUUGUUUUCUACUAGUAUACACUUGUUACAUCAAAUCCACAUUUGAAUAUCUGCAUAACAAUCAAUAUGACUCAAAACUCUAAAGAAUAACGAAAAAAGAAUUGCAAAUGAAAUUAUUCAUUUUGAUCUCUACAAGAUAGUGCAUGCUGUAUUAAUAUUUAUUAGCAAAACUGUACAAGUUUUUGUGUGAUGAAUUUUAAACUUAUAUCUGUUUUCCAUACUAAUUACUAUUUUUCAAGUUUUUUUAAACACUCUGACAAAAUCAGUUUUAUCAUUUGCAUUUAUUUGCCUGUUCAAAGAAAUUUACAUUUUGUGUUCCAGGGGUGGUGAACUAACUUCUGUAUUCAUCUAGGUGUAUAACUCAGAUAAAGGUGUGUGAACCCAUGAUAAUGCUGCCUGAGAAUUUUAUUGUGUUUGUACCAUUUCUACCAAAUUGUA